UCUGGUUCCAACUUCUUCUUCUUGAUUUCUUCUUCUCUGUUGUAUAAACCCUUCGCCAUAAGUUUUCCCGAAAAUAUCUUUUGAGGAACUUUUGUAUAAUAAAACCCUAGAAAUCAUAUCAGAAUUUUAGAAACUGAUAGUGAUAUAGUGAAUUAACAAAAAAAAAAAAAAUCAAUUAAGAAAACCAGUACUUGGAUUGAAGAUCAAAUUCCGUGAAUGAAUCAAGGUGGUGACAGGAUUAAUAUAAAGCGUGGACGCAAUGGAUCAGAACCUGUUGCAGAAACUAUAGCGAAGUAUGAACAGCAUCUUAAAGAAGCAUACAGGAAACCAGCUAAAGGAUCGAAGAAAGGAUGUAUGAAAGGUAAAGGAGGACCUGAGAAUUCCAAAUGCAAGUAUAGAGGUGUUAGGCAGAGGACCUGGGGAAAGUGGGUUGCUGAAAUUAGGCAACCUAAUAGAGGAAAAAGACUUUGGUUAGGUACCUUUGAAACUGCAAUUGAAGCUGCUCUAGCUUACGAUGAUGCUUCCAGAAGAAUGUAUGGGAAAUAUGCUACUCUUAACUUCCCUGAUGGAUUACCAUUCACUGAUUCAAUUUCCUAUUCUUGUUAUUCUAGUGGUUCUUCUGACUUAUCUGAAGUGUGUGUUGAGGAAUCGAAAAUUGAGGUGCCUAAAAGAGAACCAGUUGAAUGUGAUGGUGAAUCGGAGAAUAAGAGGCCUCGAAAAUUGAAAGUUAAACUUGAAGAGCCAACAAUUACCUCCUUUAUUAGUACUCGGCCUUCUACUAUUGUUAAAGCAGAAUUACCAUUACCUACAAUUGUUGAGUCUGGAGUCAGGGAUUGGAAUCCUUCUAACAAUGUAGCGGAAAUGCCCAUUGAUUGCAAGCCUGGUAUCUGGAGUUAUCCCACUGCAGUUGUCGGGAACGAAGCACCCGUGUUUCCUGAGGUUGGAUUCAGUAGUUGUCCAUCUUCAGGCAUCGCAGUGCAAAGGUCGAUGACAAGUAAUGAUGCUGGAAUGGAUAGUCAUUGUUCUUAUGCAAGUCAAACAGGUAUUCCACCUGCCUCAGAGGCCAAUGGCGCUGUAAAUACAGUAGCUGGAUAUAGUACUUAUCCUCCUGCAGUCGAAGUGGGUAAUCAAACAAAUGGUGGUGCUGGAGCAAAUAAUUGUUUUUCAUCUGCCAAUGUUGAGGUCAUGCCACCUUUCUCAGUGCCCAAGGAGGAAAAUGAGCUGGAUGGAUUUUAUAUGAAUACAGAUGAAUUCGGUUGGCUGGGGCUCUUUGCAGAUGAUGUGCAGAAUUACCCCAAUGAUGAAUAUUUCAAUGUGGACGAUCUUCUGUCGGAAAUCAGUCCUGAUACAUCAGCACCUAUAGAAGUUGAGAAAAUGCAGGAACCAAACUAUCAAGGUAGAGAACGGUUGCAAGAGAUGCAGUGCGGAAUUCGACCAGCAGAUGUGUCAUACCAAAUGCAAGAUUCAAAACCACAAGUAAAUAUGAGCAUGAACCAGGAGCCAUUUGCAACUGAUUUCGGAUACAAUUUUUCGUCAAUAAUGAAUGAAGACGAAGCUGCAAAGUACACUUCAGAUUAUGGAGGAGGAUUUCCUGAAUUGUUUUGAUAGAGGAUAUUAAGGUGAUGACGUUUUUUUAGAUAGCAUCAUUAUACAUUUUAGACUAGUGUUAAUUUUGACAUAGGGAUGAAUUUAAUUAUCUAAUUAGAUUCUUUUUCAUCUGAGCUGAAUCUUUCUAUAGGAUUUUUAGUUUUUGUUAGAAGGGUUUGGCUCAGGUUGGUACUGGUUCUGAAUUUUGAUUGUAGAAGCCACUUUUCAGUUGCUCAACAAAAAAGAAACUGUGAAAAAUAUACUUGAAUCUUUUUAAUAGGUCAACUUAAUGGUUGAAUUGUAUAUAAAUAUGAAUGUAUGUUUGUUUGACUCUUACA